ACAACCCCUCAAAAAAACAAAAAAACAAAACUUAACCCUAGAACAUCUUCCAGGCGCCUCCCUGCUCGCCCUCUCGCUCUCGCGUACUCGGCAAACCAGGGACGGCGACCGCUCUUCACCGCUGCCCCCCUUCUCCUCUCGGGCAUCGGCAGAUCUGCGCGGGCCACUAUCCUCUCCUUCCCCACAGUCCUUCCUAGCCAUGGUGAGCCCCCUGUCCUCUCUUUCGUCUAGGUGACCUCCUUCCAUGUAUACCAUCGCCGCAGAAUUUGUGCGGCCACUGAGGUCAGGCUGGGAGGCACACCAUUAUUCUGAUGCAACCAUCCCAAAACAGGAGCUCCAGGACGUUCAUGGAUUAUAAUUCAAUUAACCAUGCAUUGGAUGGAAUCUGUGGUCUCUAUGAAAGGAAAAUCAGGGAUAUCAACCCAAUGAUCCCGAAGAUAACCUAUGACAUCACUGAUCUGUACAACUUCAUCGACGGCCUAGCUGACAUCAGUGCGCUAGUCUAUGAUCACGAAAUCCAUGCGUUUCUGCCAUAUGACCGGCAGUGGAUAAAGCAGAAGCUGUUUCAGCACCUUAAGAAGCUGGCUCAAAGAUAGUGACUGGUGCGUGGUGUUUGGUUCAGUGUGUCGUCACCGGCAGGCAUGUGUGAUAAUUUGUGUCCGAUUAGUCCACCAGAAAGGUUUUUCUUGUACAAUGAUGAGAAUUUCACAUGGCAUGCUUAUAUUCUGGGUGUGAAACUCAUAGCUUGAUGGUGGUUUGCCUCCGGCGCCCUAUAUAUAUGAGAUGAACAUAUAUUUGUUGUUUUACAA